AUGCCUCCAAAGGGUGACGGUCGUCGUAAAUCUGGCGGCAAGCCAGCCCUGUUGGUCACACUCAAAAUCACUGCGUCUAGAUUACGCGAAGUGAUGCACGCCGAGUCUCCCGAUGCUGAGUCGCCCGUCCGAAAAGAGUCCUCCGAGCCGAAAGACUCUGGCGCCUCGCCCGCUCUGUCUGCCCAAUUUGCCGUGUCUGGCGUGUCAAAUGGCGACAAUGCUUCUGAUUCCAACACUGCGACGCCGGCAGCCGAGGGAACUCCUGCCCCUUCGUCAGUGGCACCUCCAACAGAUGGCCGAAAGAAAGGUGCAAAGAGGUCUGCAGCUACUAUAGAUGGGCUGCCAAAGCCACGUGGGAAACCUGGCCCCAAAAAGAAGCCCAGAUUAGAGGAUGGCACAAUCGACCACGCCGCUGUCGCUAGGAUGCAAGCAGCCAAACUUGGCCCAAAGGCCAACCAGGGGGCCAUCAAUGCCGGCCUUCGCGCGCUGGACCGAUCUGGAAAGCCUUGUCGCAAGUGGGCUCGAGGUGGCUUCAAGCUGAAAAGUUUUACCGGCGUAGUCUGGGAAAUUCCUCGCUGGACUGCUCCAGCGGCAAAGAAGUCUGGCGAAGAUGACAACGACGAGUCCGGCGUUGCCUCGGCUUCUGCUGACAAUAGCAGCGGCAAGGAGAAUAAGGUCAAUGGCCAAGAAGAAAACAGUGCCAAUAAUAGCAACGCUGGAGGAGACGUCGAGAUGAACAGCGUUCCCAGCAUCAACGCUUCCUCACCGGCUCCCAUUGCACUCACUGCUGCAUCUUAG